GGGACAUAUAGCUAUUCUUGAGGAGCUUCUGCAAGCUGGAGCAGAUGUCAGUAGCCGUGGAUAUGGUGGUAUCAUACCCCUGCAUAAUGCAGUCACUUCUAACCAUUUUAAGGCUGUCCAGCUACUCCUUCAGUAUGGAUCAGAUCCUGAAAUCACAGAUGAAUCUGGAAAGAAUUCUUUUGACUUGGUGCAUGAUGAAGCCAUAAGAAAGCUACUCUCGUCAUUCCAGAGACCCCUUGUUGGCAAAUCUAAUUACACAGCCAGAGAGAGAACACCAGCUGCUGUAUGCAGUUUCUGCACAGAUGAUAAAUUAGCUGGUGUCUGCAAUAGUAAGAAACAAUAUCCAUAUAAAUCCUCUAGUAGAAUUUUAGAGGAAGUGGAAAAGAAAGAUGAUAUGCAACCUUCAAAUUUUACAGAACCAGAAGCAGCAGAGACUCCAGUUGGUGACACUGAACCAAACCAGGCAGACACUGUGAAAGACAGCGAAUGGUUGAUUGGUCUUAUUCAACAAGGCAUCAUCAAGCCUGGAAAUAAUGUCUUCCAGUUGAAAUUAAAGGUACAGGGCUUCUGCCACACUGCUUCCCUGCAGCACAACGGAUCUCUAAAGGACGUAAGAGGUCAAGUCUAUGUUUCGCCACAAGCGUGGGUUCAGUCUCUUUCUGGUACAAACAUCCCUGACAGCCCAACUUUUGCCUGGAAAAAGGUGAUGUAUAGGUCAAAGUCACUAUCAAGGUAUUUUAUGAACGCUCAUCCAGCAGCAAGUUGUGGUACGGAAUCACAGCAAAACGUCUCUGCCAUACCUCCAGAGACAUUUAAAAAGGAUUCCUACAUAAGUAGCUUUAUGUCUAUUAACAGAAUACUAUUAAUAAAUGAUGAUGAGCUUAUGCCCAGUUAUAUACUUGAGCAUCACUGGGAUGAGCUGCUAUAUCUUGAUGACUGGACAUCCUGAAGACAAGCAAGUCCAGCCCAUAGGAAGUAUUCCAGAUUGUCUCUCUUUUGCUGGUUUCCUUUCUAAAAGCUGGUAACAUUAUUCAUAGCCAAAGCAGUGUGAGUGCUGUGUUUUACACUUGUGAAUGGUCAACAAAUAUGUACUCGCAAUCCAUAUUAAAUAUGCUAUUCAGUUGUGUGUAUAGUUUUAAAUUGUGCUGUUUCAUCU